GAUGAGAGCUCCAUGAAUUGUACCUUUUGCGUUUUUUCUGUCUCCAAGGAAUAUAAAAAUGCCCUUUGCCUCUGUAAUAUUGUCCAUCUGUCAUCCACAAAUGCAUUUGUGUGUACCAAGUCACCUUGUGAGGAGAACGAGCAUCUGCCGUAGAAAUGAUGCACUCAUAAAUUCAUAAGAAAACACAAACCACAAGUAUAUGGACAGACACCGAAAAUUCUACGGAACGUCCAGUCAGUGCUCCAGCUGAGACCAGAAGUUCCUGAAGAGUCAUGUGACUACAAGGCUCAAUGUCCAGGGUCAAGAAAGACCUGCUUCUUAGAUGUUCCACCGCACCACGAACUUGUGUAAUGGAGGUUGAUCCUCAUUAGAAGAGACGGUACUGUACUCUCCUCUCUACCACCAGCCCUCCACCACCAACCAACCCCUUCUCUCAGCCCGGGGGAGCCUCCAUCUGUGGCCACUCCAGAGCGGGGGCGUGGGAGGGAAAAAGUUGGCCAGGCAUGGGCGUCCUUGCUCUCCUGACGCUGGAUGUGCUGCGGAAAAAACGGGAGGGGUGGUAGGGGGGGUGAACUACUGAGCUCUCAUGAAUUCCAGAACUGCUCUUGUCUGGUCGCAUUAAAAGCAUAAUUGUCCUUGAGUGUGAGUCCGCCUAGAGAAGAGGUGGGAAAAUAUGCAGAGUGUCUCGUUCAGCCCCUCGCCAACGUCUGGUCCCUGUGACCCCCACAGCGCAGCUCGCAUAGUUGAGAUGCGGAGGGCUUAUGGCAGGCUGUCACUCCCAAAAAGCACAGGGCAGGCAGCCCAGACAGCAGGAGGCCUGGGGAAAGAGACGAAGCAGAGGGACUUGUGACAGACACCACACGCCCUGUUGACAGACAGGAGGCUGCCGCACACCGACAGACGGGGGUGUGUGUGUUGACAAGCAUUUGUGUGACUGUGUGUGUGUGUGAGACUAAAAGCCAACCAGACACGCGCACACACCUGUCCUCUCUACUGACAGCCCCCCACCAGCCCUGGGCUACAGAUCUCAUGAAUCCCAAUCAGGCGAGGCCAUCGGAGGAUUAAAUAAUGCAGCAGCCCCUGCUUCAGCUCUGCGCCACCUCCAUUAGCCUGAUAAAUGUGCUACGUUGUCAGUCAGGUACACAGCAAGUGUUUGCUUAGCUGUGCCCUGCCAUUCUCAAGUCAACACGUCCCAAUGAUCUCAGGCCUCUAUUUGGACUGGUAUUUACACUGCUCAAUUGUGCUAAAAAUGUGAAUUGAUAAGCACCAACAGAGUCAUCCUGGCCAGUGUAGAGCAGAUCAGAUAACUGUUCAGUAAACUGGACUGAAGAGAGAGACCAGAUUUUAGGAUGAACUAGCUACCAUGACACCAUGCUUCUUGGUGCCCAUGGCAACCUCUACGAGGUGACACAGUGCCCGGUUACCUGGGGCUCUGUAGAGCUAAGAGGUGAGUUGGAGCCGUUGUUAACUGGAUUAUGGAGCGAGCUGGAAAUCCACUUGACCUCCUGGCCGACCCCUCUGACUGGGACUUCCUCCACACAGCUUCUUAACCCAGAAGAGAGCAGAGUUUAGCGGGGUUAGAGCGUGGCGGAGCUCUGAGGGAGCUGAGAGAUGGAAACGUUAGCUCUCUGUGACAGCCUCCUGCCCUGCAGUUUGGCCUCCAACCACAGGAGAGAAAAGAAUCAGAGAAGCAACGAAUCCACGUCUUCUCAGCUAGACAGUGGCCGUUCGGUCAGCCAAAUAGACUUGAUUCAAAAUGCUUGUUUUAGUAUCACUACUACUCUGUGUGAGGUGUGUAUGCACGUGAUAACUUCGUUUACAAUUAAAUACAUAAAUCACCAGUGAACACAUACUAACAAACCAUUCUCUCUCUUCCUCCCUCCACCUGUCUCUCUCCCCAGGUCACUGAGGGGCAUGAGAGCCUUGUCGGAGGCCAGCGCUGUUGCUUGCCGGACCCAGUGCUGGUGACGGGGACAUGGGCCUCUUCCUCAGGGCUUCCAGCACGACCCAGCUCCACACAAGCCAGAGCCUCAGCCACCAACUGGUCCAGCACCACCCAGACACCAACAGCAGCAGCACGCAGAGGGACCCCGCCUCAGUGGGUCUCGCCCUUCUCUUCGGCGCAACCACUGACCUGCAGGCCAAGCACCGCAGCCGGUCUCGAGCUCUUGGUAGACGAAGCUCCAAGUAGCCUUCUCUAAUGAGGAUGUCUGAUACUGUCACUGUAAAGGAGACUAGCGCCACUAUGAGAGGUGUGGAGACGGAGGAGAGCCACCAUGCCAGUGCCACACCGACACCAGCGGGGGGAGAAGAACCAAGCCCGACCAAGACAAACGGCAGGGAGCAGGCAGAGACCCAGCCACAGGCCAAAGCUCAAACCCAGCUCCAACCCGAGAUUCAACCAGAGAGCUGCUGCCAAGACAAGAACGAAACUCAGGAGGAAGUUGAGAUCCAGGUCUCCCAGUCAUUUGACAAAGAGGAGGUGCCACCCAUCAAGGAUGAGGAGGACAAAGGUGUGGAGAAGCUGCUAGAAAAGACUGAGAGGAUGCCCAGGAAGAUGCUGUCCAGAGAUUCCAGUCAGGAGUACACAGACUCUACCGGGAUCGAUAUCCAUGAAUUCUUAGUAAACACAUUGAAAAACAACCCCAGGGACAGAAUGAUGCUGCUGAAGUUGGAACAGGACAUUCUCGACUUUAUCAGUAAUAACGAAAGCCAGAAGAGAAAGUUCCCUCCAAUGACCUCCUACCACAGAAUGCUGCUGCACCGCGUCGCUGCCUACUUUGGCCUAGACCACAACGUCGACCAAACCGGGAAAUCUGUAAUCAUCAACAAAACUAGCAAUACAAGAAUCCCUGAUCAAAAGUUUUCAGAACACAUCAAAGAUGACAAAACUGACGACUUCCAAAAGCGCUACAUUCUCAAAAGGGACAACUCCGGCUCAGACAAAGAUGAAAACAUGAUGCGGAUGCGGCUGAAGGACGACCGGAGGAGUAAGUCUAUAGAGGAACGAGAGGAGGAGUACCAGAGGGCCAGGGACAGGAUAUUUGCUCAAGAUGGUCCAGAUGGCUUUGCUCUUGAAAAAAGGAUACAGGAGGAUGAUGCUUGUAACAGCACACAGCAAAGGCGGCAAAUGUUUAGGUUAAAAGAUGGCCGCCCGGCCAACAGUCGCCAGAGCAGCUCUGAGAACGAACCCAAGUACUCUGACCCUCGGCCGUGGAGCAGCACAGACUCUGACAGCUCCAACCGUAACCUGAGGCCAGCCAUGACCAAGGCAAGCAGCUUCAGCGGCAUCUCUGUCCUCAUCAGGGGAGACAGCUCGGGCAGCAGCAAGAGCAUGGGUCGCCUCUCUAAGACUGGCCAGCCCUUUGUGAACCCGGAUGGCAGUGCUGUGGUGUACAACCCCAACCACAGCAUGGCUCCUCAGCAUCAACAUCAUCAGCAUCAUAAUCAGCAGGGCAGGACCCAGCAGCCCAUGCUCCCUCCUCCACACCCUCCUGGCCGCCACCAACACCAGCCCACCAAUCACAACCACGUCCUCUCACAGCAAAACAACCUAGGAGCCCACUUCAGCCACAUGAGCUUGACCCGGCAGGCCUCUGGGGAGGGCCCAGGUCGGGACACCCACAUUGCCAUGUACCCCUCCUCCGUCGUGCUCCAGACCCCCCCGCAGCAGCAGGGCUACAUGGUGGCCCCUCCAGUCCAGCCCGUCCCUGCCCCCCAGGCCUACAACACCCCCGCCCCUCCGCCUGUCAACCAGCCGGUCAUGCAGCAACAGGGCUACAUGCAGCAGCCCAUGCAGCAGAUGUCAGCAUGUUACUGUGCACCAGGCCAGUACCCCCUGGCCAACCAGCAGUACAGGCCUGUGGGCACAGUGCAGUACAGCGCCCCACAGAGUCAGCCAAUGCCCCCGCCCACACAACAGACAGGUUACCAAACUGUGAUGCCAAAUCAACCACAGAGCUAUCAGAGUAUGAUUGGAGUGCCACAGAGUCAGAACACUGUCAGUGGCCUGCAUAGCAAUAUGGGAAAUCAGAUGCAAGGCAUGAUGGUCCAGUAUCCCUCCAUGCCAUCUUAUCAGGUAUCCAUGCAGCCCCAAGGCUCCCAGGGUGUGCCACAGCAGACAUACCAGCAGCCUAUCAUCAUCCCCAACCACAACCAGUCCAACCAGGGGCCCAUGCCUGGCUCUGGUGUCCAGGUCUACUACAGUGUUAUCACACCCAAUCAACAGAACACCAUUAGCUCCUCUGUUGGGUUCUUGCCGCCUCCUGGAUCAGAGCAGAUGCAGUUCCCUCGGCCGUCCUCCCCCUGCAGCUCCCAGCAGCCCCUCCAUCAGGCACAGCAGUGCUCAGGCGUUCCCCCUCCCUCAGGCGGUGGGAUGGUGAUGAUGCAGCUGACGUUGCCCCCCGGCCAGCAACCACGGCCUCACUCGCCCCCGCAGUGGAAACACAGCAAGUACUACAUUCUGGACCACACGAGAGGACAGAAAUCCACAGAGCUCUCCACUCUAGACACCUCACAGAGCAUUCCCCAGCUGGGCAGUCCCUCAACUUCCCCCGCCCAGUCGCCAACUCCCUCCCACCCACACCACCUAACCAAUGUGAAGAGCAUCCGUCCAGGCCUCGCCCCCGUACCCAUGAUGCCCCAGUUCUCCAGACCCUUUAUGCCAGGGCAAGGAGAUGCGCGGUACCCGUUACUAGGGCAGACCCUCCAGUACAACCCCCAGAUCCGUCCUCCUCUACACGCUCCACCCAUGGUCCCCAACCAUCAGGUACCCAUGGGGAUGCGGCACAGCGGUGGAGGGGGCAGAGGGAGGAAGCAGACAAGGAAAGCUCUGUCUACAGAUCUCAGUGUAGGUGAUCCAGUGAGUGGGCAUGUCCUGGAGGUGACUGACCUGCCGGGAGAGAUCAGCAGGACCGAGGCGGACUCUCUGCUGGGUGAGCUCUCCAGAGCCGGGGCUGUAGUCAGAUGGCUCCCAGAGCACCACAGCCUCCGAGAUUGGCAGUCGGGGGGCUAACGGUGACCCCCAUCCAAGCCCCUGCUGACCCAGCCUUCGUCUACACCAUCCUGGCCAUGUUCCCCUCCGGAUACACUGCGCAGGACGCCCUCCUCCACCACAAUGGCCCCCAAGCCUCCUUCAGACUCACUAUGAGCAGGGGCCACAGACACCCCCUGGAGAGGGCCAGCUCCCAGUAGAGGGCGCUAAGGACCCCUGGCUUGACCUUUCACCCCUCACCAGCACCGCCAGUCACUUCCUGUUGCCAUCACUCCCCCCAGCCCCACUCAUUAAGUUGGCUUGUUGUAAAGGGUUGUUUUUCCACUAGAGACUUGCUUCGGGGGAAUGUGUUGUAUUUUGUAAUGUUCUUACUAACGAUUUGAUGAAAAAGAGCGAAACGUAACACUGAUCCAACGUGUACCAACAUUUAAAAACCAUGAUUAUUGAAGUUCCAAAUAUUAUAAACCCGUCUGCUCUCUGUUUUGAGAACCAGCCGGAACAUAUCAAAAGGGCAGUCUGUAUUUUUGUUUUAUUUUUUAAUUUGUUUUAUAGUUGUUAAUCUUGAGUCAGACCCAAAGCUCAUUAUUAUUCCCCCAGCCCAGUUGCAGUGUCUGUCCUGGAUCCGUUUAACACAACCAAAGCCUCCCCACACCCCAGGGUAGCUGAUUAUCGGCCACCCUGCCACCAGCCCCAUAUUGUGGCCAGUACAUCAUGGAGUCGCCCUUAGCUACACAAUGGGUCUCUUGUGCCUUUCUCUUGAGAGUCUACUGAUUUAUUCUCCAAGAAACACAAAAUGACACCCCAGUCAGUCUAUUGUUAAAUGAAAAGACCUGCACCUUGUAAAUAAUUGAUAUAGGAUUGGUAACUAAAUAUCUCAAUCACUUGUCAUUUCACAGUGAAUGGUCUGUAUGUGUUGGUCACAGGCGGGCACAGAUGAGUGCAGCAAAGAAAGGCUUUUGUUUGACACGCCUAGUUUUUAACUUAAUUUAAAAGUCGAGAUAAAAAUGACACUCCUCCACUGCAACUACAUAUUUUAGCAAUCCUCUGCUUGGAUGGCCUCUCUCCACCACUGUUCUCCCUCUUUCUCCUCUCCUCCUACAAGGCCAAUGGUUUAAAAUCUUUCAUUAGGUCUUUUUAAAUUAUAUACCUACUGGGUCACUGGAGAAAAAAGACAGUUUGCACAUUUAUACAACUGAAUACACAGUACCCGUCAAAAGUUUGGACACCUACUCAUUCAAGGGUUUUUCUUUAUUUUAUUUUACUAUUUUCUACAUUGUAGAAUAAUA